UCACAUUUCUGGUUAUGGGAAAAGGCAGAAAAAGUAGUGAUGGGGAAGUGGGAGCUCAGAGUUUCUAACAAAAAAGCGAACUGUUAGUAGUUGAGUUCAAAUUAAUGCCAAACCAAAAGGUGUUUGAUGGGGCAUAUAAAUACCUGUGGGUGUGCCUAAAGCUCUUCAUCCAUUGCCCUCCACAAUCAUGGCGACUGGCUGCAACAGAGUGGCUCUGUUAUCCUUCUUGUGCUUUUAUGUUCUUGUAUGCAGUGUGGUUGCCAAGGAAGUUGGUAAUGGGGAGGAAGAGAAGUUUCUGUUCUUUGGCAAGAGUGGUGGAUUAGGGGUUGGGUUUGGUGGUGGAAGUGGAUUUGGAGGCGGAUUUGGAGGAGGAGGUGGCGGCGGCGGCGGCGGCAGCGGCGGCGGCGGUGGUUUUGGAGGUGGAAGUGGAAUUGGAAUUGGAGGUGGAGCUGGAGGUGGAGCUGGAGGUGGCGUAGGAGGAGGCGCUGGCUUUGGCAAGGGUGGUGGACUAGGUGGUGGUGCUGGUGGCGGGUUUGGUAAAGGUGGUGGACUAGGCGGUGGCAUUGGAAAGGGUGGAGGCUUAGGUGGUGGAGUAGGAGGUGGUGCUGGUGGUGGACUAGGCGGUGGCAUUGGUAAGGGUGGAGGCCUAGGUGGUGGUGCUGGUGGUGGACUAGGCGGUGGCAUUGGCAAGGGUGGAGGCCUAGGUGGUGGUGCUGGAGGAGGGUUCGGUAAGGGUGGUGGCAUUGGCAAAGGUGGAGGACUUGGUGGUGGUGCUGGAGGAGGGUUCGGGAAGGGUGGUGGUGCUGGCGGAGGUUACGGUAAGGGUGGAGGACUUGGUGGUGGCAUUGGGAAGGGUGGAGGCCUUGGUGGUGGAGUAGGAGGCGGUGUUGGGGGAGGGAUCGGUAAAGGUGGUGGACUUGGCGGUGGAAUUGGUAAGGGAGGAGGCUUAGGAGGUGGUGCCGGUGGAGGUUAUGGUAAGGGUGGUGGACUGGGCGGUGGAAUUGGUAAGGGAGGAGGCUUAGGAGGCGGUGCCGGUGGAGGGUUUGGCAAGGGUGGUGGAAUUGGUAAAGGAGGAGGCUUAGGAGGUGGUGCCGGUGGAGGGUUUGGCAAGGGUGGUGGACUGGGCGGUGGCAUUGGGAAGGGUGGAGGCUUAGGUGGUGGUGCCGGUGGAGGGUAUGGUAAAGGUGGUGGACUUGGCGGUGGCAUUGGAAAGGGUGGAGGCCUAGGUGGUGGAGUAGGAGGUGGUGCUGGUGGAGGCCUUGGUGGUGGAGUAGGAGGCGGGUUUGGUAAAGGCGGUGGACUUGGUGGUGGCAUAGGGAGUGGAGGAGGACUUGGAGGUGGAGGUGGAGGUGGAGGUGGAGGUGGAGGUGGAGGUGGAGGUGGAGGAGGAGGCUUUGGUGGUGGCUUUGGGAAGGGCGGAGGUUUUGGUGGUGGCUUUGGGAAAGGCGGAGGUUUUGGAGGUGGCUCGGGUGGUGGAUUUGGAGGUGGGUUCGGUGGCGGAGGCGGAGUCGGAGGGGGCUUCGGCGGUGGCUCUGGCUUUGGUGGAGGUGGUGGCGGGGGAAUCGGACACCACUAAACUUUACUUAUAUCAUAUCAUAUCAUAUCGAACGCACUAGAUUACUUCAAUAUUUAUCAUCAUCUAUGUUAUUCUAUUUCUUCCCUCUUCAUCGAAUUCAAAUUAUAUAAAUCCACACUCGCAUUGUAUGAACAAA